AUGGACGAUCAAGAUCUCCUUUUGUCGUCCACAUCCGGCGGCUCCCUGACCAAUCCCCCGGAACAGCCUUCUUCAUCAUCCUCGUCUGCACCACAAUCACAACCACCGGCGGCCAAGAAGAAGUCGUCGCGCAGAGGAGGCGAUUCGGCGUCACAGAAGCGGCGCUGCGUGAGCACAGCAUGUAUCGCCUGCCGCCGGAGGAAAUCGAAAUGCGACGGAGCCGUGCCCAGCUGCGCUGCGUGCGCCAGCGUUUACGGCACUGAGUGCGUCUAUGACCCAAACUCGGACCACCGCCGCAAGGGCGUCUACAAGGAAAAGGUCGAUAGUAUGAAGGCGCGCAACUCGACACUGCAGAUUCUCAUCGAGGCCAUUCUCAACGCAAACGAGGAUGAGGUCCCCGACAUUGUGAAGAGGAUCAGGACCUGCGACAGCCUUGACACUGUCGCUGAGCAGAUCUUGAAACAUGAGACUAUGCUCCAGGAAGCCGAGGAUAACGACAAUGGAGACGACGGUUACACGAUCGACAUGCCCAUCGAGGGUGAGAGGGAACUCGCUCGCAAGAUGGGCGAACUGCGCCUCGAGAACGGCUCAGUACGCUUCAUCGGAGGCACAUCACAUCUCAUCUACCUCGGCGACUCAGGCGACGCCAACACAAACGAACCCGAAUCCGACGCGAAUCUCACCAAUGAGGACCCCGUCACCAGCUGGACCAGAGUUACGCAAGAUAAGGAACUCAUUGCCCACCUCAUGAACAUGUACUUCAACUGGCACUACACGUAUUUUACGACGCUAUCAAAAACACUAUUCUACCGUGACUUCUUCAAGGGGAAGCACGGACUAAACUACAAAGGCACCAUCUACUGCUCACCACUCCUAGUCAACGCCAUGCUAUCCCUGGGGUGCCACUUCACCAGCGUGCCGGGAGCGUACGGGACGCCGGGGGAUAGCCGUACAAAGGGCGACCACUUCUUCGCCGAGGCGAAGCGCCUUAUUGUCGAGAACGAUGAGUACGAGCGACCCAAGCUCACGACCGUCCAGGCCCUGGCGCUCAUGUCCGUCCGGGAGGCCGGCUGCGGAAGGGAGGCGAAAGGCUGGGUGUACUCGGGUAUGGCUUUCCGCAUGGCCCAGGAUAUUGGCCUCAACUUUGACGACGGCGGCAUGUCCAAUGACAAGGAGAAUCUCGGCGAGCACGCCGUCGACGCAAGGCGAAUGACGUUUUGGGGUUGCUUCCUCUUCGAUAAGGCGUGGUCGAACUAUCUGGGUCGCCUGCCGCAGAUACCCAAGAACUCGUACAACGUGCCCAAGUACGACGUCUUUCCCUCUGAGGAUGCGGAACUGUGGGCGCCUUAUACGGAUACGGGGUUCGAUCAGACGUGCAGUCAGCCGUCGAGGACGCGAGCCGUGGGGUUACAACUCUCGAAGCUUUGUGAGAUAAGCAGCGAUUUACUUUUAUUCUUUUAUCAUCCAAAUCACAUUGGCCGCUCGAGUGGGAAAUCGGUGGAACUCAAGAAGCUGAGCGAGCUUCACCGGAGGCUGGAGGACUGGCGAAAGGAAUUACCAAACGAACUGGAACCAAAGGAAGGACAACUCCCUAACGUAAUCCUCGUACACAUGUUCUUCCACCUCCAAUACAUCCACCUCUUCCGCCCGUUCCUCAAAUACACACCCGCAGCCUCACCCCUCCCAUCUCACGUCUCCCCACGCCGCAUCUGCACAGCCAACGCCGGCGCAAUCUCCAAACUCAUGCGCCUCUACAAGAAAAAUUGGAACCUCCGGCAAAUCUGCAACAUCGCCGUCUACAUGGUCCACAGCGCCUGCACGAUUCACAUGCUCAACCUCCCCGAGAAGACAGCCAAGCGCGACAUCAUCCACGGCGUGAAGCACCUCGAGGAAAUCGCCGAAGACUGGCUCUGCGCGCGCCGCACGCUAAGCAUCAUCAGCGUGCUGGCGCGAAAAUGGAACGUCGAAUUGCCCGAGGAGGCCGAGGCCGUGCUGCAGAGGACGGACGAGACGUACGGCACGUUUAGUACCUCGGACGUGCCGUCGCCGAGGUCGAAUCUCACUGUUGCGUCGUCGCCUUCGCCUACGCAGGGCCCUGUUUCGCCGGUGAUGGGGAAGCCGGAUCAGUAUAGCCCGCUUAAUCAGUUCGCGCAACCGCAGACUGGCGAGCAGGAUGUGGCGCCCAGUCCGACGGAUCUGCUCAUGGCGAGCGCGUCUCUUGCGCAGAUCAGCGGCGCGAGACCGCCCUCUCAUCAAUCUCACAACGGGUUGGGAAUGGGUCCAAAUUCCCUCGGCGGCUGGUCCCAACCCGGACUCACCCAGUCAAUACCGACAUACCAACAGCAACAACGUUUCACACCAAUGAACAACAACCUCGGGCCAUCACAGACCUCCCGCGCCGGACCUACCAGCGCGCGCCAGCAGCAACUAUCCCCCGGCCAGGUCUUCCAAGGCCUAGACCAGGACUGGUUCCUCAACGACGGCGCAAAGUGGCACCAGAACUUUGAGGCGUGGAAUAUGGCCACGUCUCAGCCCGGCGGCGGAGGCGGAGGCGGGAUGCCGGCGAGCGAUCAGAUGUUUAUGUUUUCGAGCGGGAGUGGGGGUAUGCAGCCGCCGCCGCAACCGCAGCCGCAACCGCCGAGGCAGUCGUCUGAGGAUACGGCGAGUCCGAAUUUUGAGGGGCUGAGUUCGAUUGAUACCCAUGGGUGGUUGCCGGGACUGGAUUAG